CAAACUGAGAAAAAAACAGGAUCCUGCUGCAAUUGCUCAAGUAAAAAUGGCUUCGUUUUCUAAGGCCAUCUUUGCUGUCUGUAAUGCUCCAAAAAAGAUCCCACAUAUUCAGCUUACACCUAAGCCCUCUUCUGAAAAAAGGAGCACUGCCCAAGAUCAUGGCUUGCUUUCAACUCCCUUGCACCUAUUAACCGACUCCGAAACUAACUAUGCUAAUACAAUUACUAGGGACGAUGAUGACAUUUGUUUCCUACAUGCACUAAAGCUGGACGUGUUCAGGCAUGUACUGAGAAAACUAGGAGAAGAAGCAGUUGAGGGUUUGAACAUGAUCGAUGCUGUUCAACG